UGGCGCAUUUACGACAGUUUCUCGGCUGCUUCGGGUUGCAUCAUUUCGUGAACUGUGUUUUCACUUUCAUUUUUACCUGCGAUAUAAGCUGUAAUUAGCUUAAUUUGAUAGGUAAUUAUAUCGUGGGAGCUGUCACUUAAGGCUAUUUCAAGGCUAUCUUAAGAGGUUAACGAUCUGAAGCUGCAGCCACGAUGAGCGGCCAGCGCUCUUGGGCCGAGAUGCGGCAGACGCUGCACCAGCUGCGUCGCUCGCUGAGCGCCCUGUCGUCGCGGACACCGCAGCACUUUUCGUUCCGCGCGCUGGCCGACGGCCGACUGAGGGUGUACUACCUGUCGGCACGGGCCGGAUCGGAGAACCAGCUGUGCUACGUGGACGUGCCGCCGGAGGCGGCCGUCAGCGAUAACGUCAAGCUGCCCUGGCAGCAGCUGUUCGACCCCACCUUCCAGAGUGUGCGAUACGGUAGCCGCUCCAGUCGCGCCGAGCAGCUACAGCUCGAGAGGAAGAGGGUGGUCGGCUGCGGUAUCACAGAGUACGGCCUCCACGAGAAGUCGGGACGCUUCAUCUUCACCGCAGGAAACAGCGUCUACCACGUGACCGACGACAGCGCCAGGGCCUCGGCGGUUUACCCGGUGGAGAUCCCCAGUACGCGGGGCCAGCCGCGUCUCAACCCUACCAUCUGCCCGGCCAACCCCGAUCUGCUGGCCUAUGUGGAGGAGGGGGACAUCUGGCUGUUCAACACGCGCACAGAGUCGGACGUCCGUCUGACCCGCACCCACCAGGAGGAUGAUGCGCUCAGCGCCGGGUUUCCCUCGUACGUCAUGCAGGAGGAGUUCUCGCGCUUUGUCGGCUUCUGGUGGGCGCCCACCGCCGAAGACGGCGUGUACCGCAUUCUGUACGAGGAGGUGGACGAGACCCAUGUGGAGGUGCUCUAUCUGCACACUAUGCAGGAGGGCAGCGAACCAGAGGCCAUCAGGUACCCACGGGCGGGCUCAACGAACGCCACCUCUGCUCUGAAGCUGCUCGAGUUCCGUCUGGAGGGCCCCACGCAGACUGUGGCGGGCCUGACGCGGCGCCACCUCAGCACACCGCUGGCCUCCAUGUUCCCCUGGAUGGAGUACCUGGUGCGCGUCGGAUGGUUCGACGAGCAGUUCGUACACUGCCAGCUGUUGGACCGCUCUCAGUGUCGCCUGGACCUGGUCCUGGUGCCCGUGGCGCUGUUUGUCGCCGAUGACGCCACUCCCGGACCGCCGCCGCCGCCGGCCGCGCCCGUACAGGUGCUGCUGUCGGCACAGACUGAUGUCUGGAUUAACGUGCACGACAUAUUCCACGUGAUUCCGACCAGCGACCCGGGCCAGGUGUGCUUCCUAUGGAUGGACGACACCACGGGAUACACGCACCUGUACCGGGUCACUACUCAGAUCACGCGCCAACCGGGCAGCCGGUCUGCCAGCCAGCACCCGGCCGUCACCAAAGUGCCGCUCACAUCCGGUCAGUGGAACCUCGACAGCAAACAGAUCUGGGUCUCCGAGAAACGCGGACUCGUCUUCUUCCAGGGCAGCCGUGACACACCUGUGGAGCGCCACCUAUACGUGACAUCGUUCCUCCAGCCUAGCGGCAAGUGCCAGCAGCUCACCCAGCCGGGCUUCUACCAUAACGCCUACCUUGACUCGGAGUGCACGGCGCUGGUGACCGUCCAGAGCAACCUCUCCACACCCCCGAGCUGCCAGGUGUGGCGUCUCCACUCGUCCUCCAACUCGGGCGAGGUGCAGCUGCUGCCGGCCGGCGUGGUGCUCGAGCCGUGCUCGUUUGAGCCGCCGCGCUGGCUGCCGCAGCUGCACAGCUGCCGGCUGCGCGGCUCCGGAGACCAGCUGUUCGCCAUGGUGUACCCGCCGACCGGCUUUGUACCGGGCAGGCGGUACCCAACCGUGGUGAAUGUGUACGGAGGACCCCAGGUGCAGGUGGUCACCAAUACGUUCAAGGGAUACCGCUACCUGCGCAACCACAUCCUGGCCGCGGAGGGCUACUGUGUGGUCUGCAUUGACUCGCGAGGCUCCCACAACCGUGGCACCAAGUUCGAGGGACACAUCAAGAACAGGAUGGGCACGGUGGAGAUCGCCGAUCAGGUGGACGCGCUACACCAGCUGGCUGACCGGACCGGCAUGAUUGACCUGAGUCGAGUGGCCAUCCAGGGCUGGUCGUACGGCGGAUACCUCAGCCUGAUGGGACUCGCCCUGCGGCCGGACGUUUUCAAGCUCGCGGUGCCCGGAGCGCCCGUGGUGUCCUGGAGUCUGUACGACACUGGCUACACAGAGCGGUACAUGGACCUGCCCUGCCGAAACCCGUGUGGAUACGAGGCAGGCGCGGUGCUCAGUUACGCCAACCAGUUUCCGAGCGAGCCGAACCGACUGCUCAUCUUCCACGGCCUGAUGGACGAGAACGUGCACUUUUUCCACACACAGCAGCUCAUCUCGGCUCUGAUCCGGGCCGGAAAACCCUACCAGCUGCAGGUGUACCCGAACGAGCGGCACAGUCUACGUGCGCUAGAGUCUAGCGAACAUUACGAGCUGACGCUUCUUACGUUCCUCAACAACCAUCUGUGAGCGUACGCACAACGAAGACGGCACCUGUUCUCGGCUGAGACGCCGUCCAGUUAUCUGGAGGACUGAGACGGUCAUCCGUUCUCUGCAAGAGAGGGUCACCCAUUCUCGGCUGAGACGGCCAUGCGUUCUCGGAUGAGCUGUCUACCCGGUCGCUGCAAGAGACAGCCACCCAUUCUCGAUUGAGACGGCCACCCGUUCUCGGCUGAGACGGUCACUCGCUCUCAGCAGGAGACUGUGAGUCGAUCUGGGCUGAGGCAACGGCUCUUUUUCUAUCCGGGCCUGGAGUGAGCGGUGGUCAGUCUGCAACAUUGCGGAACCUCUGGAAGACGGCCGAUCUGGAGCCAGGCGCCGGGGCAGGGCGUUUAGAAGACAGAAAGGUUUUAUGUAGGAAUCGCCUGUUGAUAGUGAAUUAACGACCCGGUGCUCAUGUUUGAGCGGCUGAAGACCAGCUGAUCGCGGAACCAGAAGAGCUGCGUCCCUGCCUCUCAGCCACUGACCAGCUGUUCUUCAGCUAUUGACCUGCUGAUGGUCAGGUGCCAUCCGGCUGUUACUUGGUCCCUGAGCUGCUCCUGAGCUUCUCCUGAACGGAUCUGGAGCCGAUCUGAAGCCGCCCGUGGUCAGAAGAUGGCCGUCCGCUCCUCAGGUUUGGCCUAGUGGACGGCUCUUUACACGGAGACCGCCAGCGGCCGUCCGAUAUUUACUAGGAAGGGGAUACGGGAGGGGUGCCAUCUCACUUACCUCUGGACCGGAGCAACGAUUAUUGUUGGACGAAUGGUUGUGGAACUCUGCGUUAGGCCCCGGAGACGGUAUAACCAUUUGUGCGCCCAACGAUCCAACGUGUGAAAGGUUGUGAGAGUGAUUGAGUUUUUGAAUGGAAGAAUGAUGUGUGUUUAGGUGAAUUAACUCGUCGGUAUUCUUGCGCAAGUCUAGCCAGCAGAACUGGAGGUGACUUGUUGAUCACUCGCUUUAAGUUGAAUCGAGCCUGGUGGUGUUUUGGAUCGGUCUUAUCCAGUGCGAAAGUUACCAUCUGCUCGUCGCAGCCACGUUUUACUAACCAUGUUCCUGUAUACGCUGCGAACGACGGAGACUGGGUGACUCGCACAAAGUUUUGGAGGACUUGGCUCCGGCAGCAUUUACCGAACUGUGAGCGGUGCUAGGCGGCUGUGGACGCGAUCUGUGUCGCGAACUGUCCGCCCCGCUUUCAACCUGGGCUUUCCAGCAGGCGUUGAGCGCUUGCAGUAUGCGAUAACGCAGUGUUAUAGCGUGGUGAAAUACUCCUCGGCUGCUGUCUUUGCCUGUGGGCGGCAUGGGGAAAGGUGUGCGUCCGGAAUAAACAGCUGAGGGUCGAUUCGCUAA